AUGGCGACCGCGAUGCGGUGCGCGACGUCGACGUCCGUGCGCGCGAGACCGCUCGAGCGGGCGCCGCGAGCGACGCGCUCGGGAGCGACGACGAUGCGCGCGGGACGGAUGACGGAUGGCGAUGAUGGGACGACCCCGAACGCGAUCGAUUGGCGGCUCGAGACCGUGUUGGGACGGAGCGCGAUGACGGGGAUGGCGAUGCUGCCCACGUCGGAGAUCCUGGGGGGGGGGGACGCGCUCGGACGCGUUUUCGGGGAGGAUUGCAUUCGCGUCGCGCUCGUCGUCGCGCUCAUCGCCUGGGCGUCGACGCAACCGUUCGAGUUUAACCCGCAGAGCGAGUACGAGGCGAAUCCGGAGUCGUUACGGGGGAAGACCGGGAUCAGUGGGUUCUUGGCGUACGAAAAGUUGAAUCUCAACGUGGACGUCGAGCGCGCGAACGGGCGCGCCGCCAUGGUCGGUUUCGCCGUCGUCGUCGCGCUCGAGUCCCUCGUCCUCCAUCACGGGUUGUUCGCGCGCUGA